AUGGAUUUGUAUCUGAUUGGAUAUUUGAUGUGUGUGUGGUUGUCCAGCUCACGGGUGCUUGGAGGCUAUCCCAUCUGGUGGUCCCUGGCCCUUGGGCAGCAGUACUCGUCUCUGGGCUCCCAACCCAUCCUGUGUGGCUCCAUCCCCGGCCUGGUGCCCAAGCAGCUGCGCUUCUGUCGCAACUACAUAGAGAUCAUGCCCAGCGUUGCCGAAGGCGUCAAGCUGGGGAUCCAGGAAUGCCAGCACCAGUUCAGGGGCCGCCGAUGGAACUGCACCACCAUCAAGGACAACCUUGCCAUCUUUGGCCCUGUGUUAGAUAAAGCAACCAGAGAGUCAGCAUUUGUCCACGCUAUAGCCUCAGCGGGCGUCGCGUUCGCGGUGACGCGCUCCUGUGCCGAGGGAACAUCCACCAUGUGCGGCUGUGACUCCCACCACAAGGGACCUCCUGGGGAGGGCUGGAAGUGGGGCGGCUGCAGUGAGGAUGCAGAGUUCGGAGUGCUGGUGUCCAGAGAGUUCGCCGACGCCAGAGAGAACCGUCCAGACGCUCGCUCAGCAAUGAACCGGCACAACAACGAGGCAGGACGCACGACCAUCCUCGACCACAUGCACUUGCGCUGUAAAUGUCACGGGCUGUCAGGGAGCUGUGAGGUGAAGACAUGCUGGUGGGCGCAGCCAGACUUCCGCAUGCUGGGCGACUACCUGAAAGACAAGUACGACAGCGCCUCAGAGAUGGUGGUGGAGAAGCACCGUGAGUCGCGCGGCUGGGUGGAGACGCUGCGGGUCAAGUACGCCUUCUUCAAGCACCCCACUGAGCGUGACCUGGUCUACUACGAGGGCUCGCCCAAUUUCUGCGAGCCCAACCCAGAGACAGGCUCCUUUGGGACACGCGACCGAGUCUGCAACGUAUCCUCACACGGCAUCGAGGGCUGCGACCUGCUGUGCUGCGGCCGCGGCCACAACACCCGGACUGAGAAGCGCAAGGAGAAGUGUCACUGCAUCUUCCACUGGUGCUGCUACGUCAGCUGUCAGGAGUGUGUGCGUGUCUACGACGUGCACACGUGCAAGUGA